AUUGCCCCGUGGCGUUCGGUUCUCACAUUUGUUAUGCUCGGGAUUCUAAUGAAUGGCUACAUAAAGGAAACGUUUGCCGAGAACCACAUACAAUCACAACUAUUGAGAUUAGUUAUUUCUCUUGAAAGGAGCAAUAUGGUGCAAGCAGGAUGCAUAUUUACACAUUCCUUGAAUUUGAGCCCACUGAAAUGCUGUAAUGUGAGAAGAGAAUGACCAUUAGAGAAAUGUGACACUUAUGCACUCUCAGACUGUCUCCACUUCACUUGGGAAUGGAUUAUUGUGAUUGACUUCAUCCCUCCUUAAGGUUAGAUAUUGACCAGGUGGGAAUGCAAAAGUCUGGCUGGUAAUAAGCACCCUGCCUCUCAGACAUGCCCAGACGGGGGCUUCCUCUGCAGGGGCGGGCACGCUGGCUACUCCUGGGUAUAUUCUUGAUCUUGGUUCUGCUACUUUUUGCUUACCUGCUGGAGUGCACCCCGCCUGCAGAUGUGAGUCAGGUGCUGCCAGGCCUGGGAGUAGAGCCUUAUGGAAAGGAGUACUACCAAACCCUCCUGCAGGAGCAGGAAGAGCGGCAUCUUACCCGAGCAGCCAGUCUCAAAAGGCAAAUUGCACAGCUCAAACAAGAACUUCAGGAGAUGAGCGAAAAACUUAGGGUUCUUCAAGAAAAGGAGGCGGCUCCGGGGCCACAGAGCCUGAUUGAUGGCAGGGAUCAGGAGCCCCAUGACCUGUUGGAGUACCUGCACUCACAAAUUGAUAAGGCGGAGGUGAAUACCGGGGCAAGGCUGCCGAGUGAGUAUGCACUGGUUCCCUUUGAGAGCUUCACCACCUCGAAGGUCUACCAGCUUGAGAUGGGCUUGACACGCCAUCCCGAGGAGAAGCCUGUACGGAAGGACCGGAGGGAUGAGCUGGUGGAGGUUAUAGAAGCAGGUUUGGAUAUUAUUAAUAACCCAGAGGAAGAUGAUGGACACAAGGAUAACAUCCCCAUGGUGAGACAAGCGUUCACAGAAAGCCACUUUUUUGAAGGACUGUACAGAACAGAGAGGGACAAAGGUUCACUGUAUGAGCUCUAUUUUGCUAAAGAGAAUUCCCACGAAUACCAUCACGUCACCCUCUUCCGUCCAUUCGGGCCCCUGAUGAAAGUGAGAAGUACCUCUGUAGACACUGCCAGCAAUGUCAUUAACAUCAUAGUGCCACUGUCAGGCCGAACAGAAGCUUUUGUUCAAUUCUUAAACAACUUCAGGGAGGUUUGUAUACAACAGGACAAACGGGUACAUCUCACAGUGGUGUAUUUUGGGCAGGAGGGCUUGCAGGAGGUGAAGGCGUCUCUGCAGAAAAUGUCCAGUGAGGAAAACUUCAGUAACUACACCCUGAUCCCUGUGGAUGAGGAUUUUUCCCGUGGCCGUGGUCUGGACAUUGGAGCUCAUGCCUGGGAGAAAGGCGGUGAUGUCUUGAUGUUCUUCUGUGAUGUCGACAUCUACUUCACACUUGAAUUCCUUGCUACCUGUCGACUCAAUACAGCUCCAGGAAAGCGAGUUUUCUAUCCUGUGGUAUUUAGUUUGUAUAAUCCAGCCAUAGUUUACGGAAAUCUUGACUUGCCACCCCCUAUUGAACAUCAGCUGAUUCAUAAAAAAGAUGCAGGAUUUUGGAGGGAUUUUGGAUUUGGAAUGACUUGUCAGUAUCGUUCAGAUUUCCUCAGCAUUGGAGGAUUUGACCUGGAAGUGAAAGGUUGGGGUGUAGAAGAUGUCCACUUGUACAGGAAGUACCUACGGAGUGACCAGAUUGUGAUACGCACGCCUGUGUCAGGCCUGUUCCACCUUUGGCACGAGAAGCUGUGUGCUGACGAGCUGACUCCAGAACAAUACCGCAUGUGCAUCCAAUCCAAAGCCAUGAAUGAGGCGUCACACUCUCAUCUGGGCAUGCUUGUGUUUAGGGAGGAGAUUGAGACUCACCUUCGAAAGCAGGCCUUCAAAACUCAGAGUAAACCAACAGAAUGAAUCAAGUACACAAUCAGAUAUUCUUUCUGUACACUCUCAACAGUGCACAGCAGGGAGCUCAUUUUUUUGUAAAUGACUGCAGUGAUGACAUGGGUCUGUUGUUGAGACAUGUCCAGAUUAUUUCAAUUGUUCAUUCCUUGUUAAAUCGAAAAUAAUCCAUGGAUUAAAGAAGACUCUGUGACAGCAAGAAGAAUUAAUCGGCUGGGAGAAUGGUACUGAUUUGGUACUAUGUAAACCGUUUACAUCAUUAAGACUUUGAUCAACAUUCUGAAAUUUGCAAGGACUUUUUGGACAUUAACUAUGUAUAUAUAUAUGUGAAUAAUGAUCAAUUCCUUUAGGAAACUAGAUUUACUACAGAUUAUCUUCUCUUGCACAGAAAGUGUCUUUUCUUCUCAUAAAUGCAACAUUGAGAAGACAUGCCAGGAGUAAAGCAUGACUUAGUAUUUUAUUUUUGCAACUAAUUGACAGAGCCAUACCUUGCAUUUUUAUUUUUAUAUUAUGACUUUUUAAUUAUGUGCUGUGACAAAAAAGGAUCUAAUGUAAAUGCUGAAAGGGACAAUUAUCCACAAAUGGAUGUGGUUAAACUUGCCAUGCUGGAGAGUAAUUCAGGAAAUAGGCAGUUUGGUAGGUAAUGUACUGUUGGAACAGUAUAUAGACUUUUCCCCAAAGCUUUCCAUGUUUUUUGCUGCAUGGUCCUGAUAUGCAUUUUUAUGCAUGAGUCAAACUCUUAAUUUGCACCAUGUGGGAGGAUGCUGGUUGGUGUCAUAGCAUUCAGUAUUAGGGGUUGAUGGCAAAUGUCAAAUGCUGUGACCUUUGCAACCUCUUAAGUCUGUGGUAUCUAGUAAAUCUUGAUUGAAACUAAACCAUUUACAACGCUAAAGAACAGAUUUGCCUGUAUGUGCCUGAUGAGAAUAGAUACUCUUAAUGCCACUUGAAUAUAGCCAUGGCUGUCUGUUGAAUGGCCUCAAAUUGACCAGGAUGUUGCAAUUGUUCCAUUCCUAAUUUUUUUUGUAACAAAUAAAAGGAAUACAACCAGUCAUUUUUUAUGGUGUUUGUCCCCUUUAUCAAAAUAGACUAGAGGUCCAUUUAAUCAUACUCAGCGAUCACAUUGUAGGGUCUUGUAUUUAAAUCAGUUACAACUUCCACAAGAACGCACUGUGGUUCAGUCACGGGGACCCAGGUUCGAGUCUGACCUAGUUCAUGACCCAAUCCCACUACCCAUCUCUCAACCCUACUUGCCUGUCUACACACAAAUGUCAAAGUUCUUUUUAGCACUGUCUACCUAUGGAAACUUGUUACAGAUGCAUUAUUUGUUAGAUCCUGGAAUGUGUUGACCCAAAAGUUGUUGUUACAGAGAUUACACUUACU